UGCUUCGAUGGAGCAUCUGGUCGCGAUGGACCAUAGGAGACACGUGAGGCAAGGUUUUCUGGACCCGGGAGUUGUCCAACUCCCCGUCACGGGCACAGGCUACCAGUUCCUACGAAUGAACGAGGGAGGCUAUUUGACUCGUGUGCAACUUGGCAACCCACCAAGAAGUUUCGAUGUACUCAUCGACACUGGGAGUGACCUACCAUGGGUUGCUUGCAGCGAUUGUGUUAAUUGCCCGAAAGCAAACGGAUCAAAUGCGAGUCAUAUGUCUUCCCCUGGCCCAGUCAGCGUUCUUUGAUCCAGGAUCAUCCUCAACGGCAUCUUUAUUGACAUGCUCAGAUAGAAACUGCCACGACGUAGCAAAAAAAAGCGGUGCGUUAUGCAUGAACAACUCGUGUUCUUAUUAUCAGAACUAUGGCGACGGUUAUGCCAAUACCGCUGGGUUCUUUGUUUCCGACACGGUGAAGCUGGGCAUUUUCACAGGAAAUGAAACAUCGUCCAUUUAUGUGACAAUUAUUUUUGGAUGUAGCCAUUUACAAUCGGGUGGUCUCACAGAUCAGUAUAAAUUCGAUGGCAUAUUUGGGUUUGGACCGUCUCCGAUGUCCUUCAAUUCGCAAUUGCAUUCUCUUGGAUUAUCCCGAAAGGUGUUCUCUCUUUGCAUGAAGAGUUAUGGUGGCGGCAUCCUUGUUCUGGGCGAAGUUGUGGAGCCCGGAUUGGUUUACACCCCCCUCUUGUCAUCAACGAGUUACUAUGGAUUAAAUCUGGAGGGUAUUGCGGUAAACGGGAAAAAAUUGCUAACUGAACCGUCAGUGUUUGAGCAAUCACACGGAUACCAUACUAUUGCGGAUUCCGGGACUACCUUAGCAUUCCUCGCGGAUAAAGCUUUUGAUCCAUUUGUUACUGCGAUUGCUUCUGCGGUCUCUCAGUCCGUACGCCCGAUCAUCAGGAAGGGCGUCCAGUGUUUCAUUACUUCUGACAGUGUUAACGUGUCAUUUCCAUCUGUGACACUGUUUUUUGCGGGUGCUGCGGUGAUGCAACUGAAGCCACACAAUUAUCUGGUCUUAUCUGAUGACCAAUUAGCAUACUGCAUUGCCUGGCAAAGGGGUAAACAACUCACUAUACUUGGAGGCUCCUAUCCGGUCAACAUCACAACAUCAUCUGGGACAAGACACGGCCACAUCUACACGUUCUCGAUAAUUAUUUUUGUGCUUCUGCUUCUCUUUUGCUAUGCCUAAUUACAAGUUCUACUGACACAGAAGAAGAUCCCUGAUAGAUCAGACAUGGAUUCCAAGUGGAAAUGAAGCACACGUUCAGAAAAAGAGAGCAGGAAUUGAAAGAACACAAAGUAACUCUAUAUGGUGUAUGUGUAGCUGUAUACUGAUAUAUUGAUGUAAACCAAUAUUUGGCAGAAUGAUUGAUUGAUACAAUCCAUUCGGUUACAGGUCGUUAUUUAGACUAAGGAAAAAUAAUAGUAGCAAAAGGUGAAACACUGACAGCCGUAGAUCUUAUCU